CUGUGCUCUCCCAAGCCUCGUGCGAAUAGGACUUUAAAGGCAAGACCGCCCAAUAGAAGGCGCCCCACCAACCCACCGGCUAGGCAGGCCCGCCAAUAGCAUUCCAAAGGCAACCUUCCAGCCAAGGCCCCCCAAAACUAAAGCGAUGUCUACAGUUAUAGACCAGACCGAAGGUGGAGGUGAAAAAUAUCCAUUGGGCGUUUGCCAAGUGGUUGUAGUUACUGUAGUGGUAGGGCAGACUCAAAGAGGUGGAGAGGUAAAGUGCCGGCGAAUUAAUUUUCAGGAUGUCCUCCUUUGUACUUCCUAAAUCAAGUCCUGAGGCCCAUUUUGGAAAAGAAGAGCGCUGUCAAGUGCUGCCAAAUAUUCUGAAAUUAUAUAAUUCUUGCGUAGCAUGAAUUUACAAUGUUAAAGAUCCGUUUGCACUUCUCCAGUCCCAAUAUGUUCGGCUCAAGCUGCAUGUUGCAGUCUUUCCCUACCGAACUCCGCUGAUAUCUUAGUGUGGAGACUCUAUGGCUUUGAUGUCCUUUCUUGUCGUCUCUCUACUGGCUACGUUUCAAGCUGCGCCAGCCCCUGAAGCAUGUGCAAUUGAGGAACCGUUGUUCUUGCAGAUGGGCAUUCAGGUGGGUGAUGCGCAGUCGCAGAAGUUGGGGGCUCUUCUUCUUGAGGUUCGGAAGGAGUGUUUCAGAGCCACCAGUUCUUGCCUGCCAGUUCUCGACAAGCUGCGUUUGGCAGUGUGGCCGCACGUGCAAGCCGAGAUCAAUGGUUCAUUCAGUACAUGGAUGCCUGGUUGGAAUUCGGAGCCUUUGCGUGGUAUUCUUGCGCAAGCUGGCGGAGUGUCUCCCACGGGGACGAAGAUGGCCUUUCGCCACAUCUUCAAAGCUGCCGGUGAUACCGCCUUCGCAAAUCUUCAGCAAGUCACCACUGGUUUCAAGCAGCAAGACUACCUGGACUUAUGCAAUGCCUUUCAUUCGACAGAUCUGAAACGCAGAGCUUUUACGUUCGUUCGCGAUCCAAUUUCUCGCUUCAUCUCAGGCUACAGUGAGAUCGAAUAUAGGACUCGUACUGGCAUUGACUGGCCCAUUUUUGACUCUCUAUCCAAGCUGCUCCGAGAAUAUCCGGUAGGCAGCUCUGUUCGAGCUGCGGCUUUCUUUGAGGAGUUCUUGCGCAGUGGAAUCGAUGUCAAUGGUCAUGUGAGGCCCCAGCUGGAGUUCUUGCAACCAUUCUCAGGCUGCUCCUUGCCGAUGGACUUCAUUGGCAAGACUGAACGUGCUGAGGAACACUGGGCCAAGCUGUUUGCCAUGCAGAACGAGACAGCCCCAAAGUUUGACAGCCUCCUCGCAGUCCACUCUCACGGUCAGCGAGAUAAGCAGGCCAUGAAGACGUUCCUGGCCAGCUCAGCCAAAUACAUACGGGCGCUUUGCUGGCUUUACUUGGGGGACUUUGCAGUUUUUGAAUAUGAGCUGCCCAACGAAUGUCAAGAAGAACCCAUGCAGAGUGCAGUCACAAUGCUGCGCCGCGUGUCUCUUUCGGGUAAUCCUCUCGCUUAAGCCUUCAGCAGGGAAUGCGGAAAAGGAAUGUGCUAGGUGCCGGUGGUGCUUGUGCAGCCACUGCAAAACAAUGAUUUGUGAUGCCUUGGAAGUUUGAGGCUGAGGAGGGGCAGCAUGAUAUGUGCAGCCUCAUCAUGUAGCCAAGAACGUGACAUGUAGAUUGAACCAUUGUUUGAAAGGUUGCACAUCUCAGAGCUCGGUUUGGUGCCUUUUUUUUGGGGGUCUCACAAGUGUAGUACAUUGACAUACAGUACGCCAGUGCUCACCCUGGUUUGAGCAGUCUUGUCAGCCGUGAAGCGCCGGCGAGGACAAAGCCGUGCAAACGCAGCAGGGAAUGCGGAAAAGGAACCUGCUAGGUG